CGUUCUUUUGUUCCCAUCACCGCCUCCAAAGCCUUCAUUCCCUUUCGUUUCAAUUCCAACCAUCUUCUUCUUCUUAGAUCACCUGAAUUCUAGACCUUUGAAAAGCCAUAGAGUUUCGAGAGCUGGGUUUUCGUAGUAAUUUAUGGAUAAUUUCAGGGCGAGAGAGUUGCAGAUUUCUCAGUUAACCGUUGAGAGGCCAAGCCAGUUUGCUGCGCCGGACGAGGACCCUCCAUCAGACCUGGGUACUCCGGCCGCAACAGAAACUAUGUCUACGGAAUGGACGGAUGAGAAACACAGUAUGUACUUGAAAUCUAUGGAAGCAUCAUUUGUUAACCAGUUGUAUAGUUCCAUGGAUUCGCGUGGUUGGCACUCACAAAAGGGGAGUUUAUUGCUUCCCAAAUCAUCAAGGCAACCCCAGUUCAAUUCUCGUGCCCCUUCUGGCCAGUUUAAGGUAUUUCGAGGUGGCUGCUGGCAGAAAAUCAAUUUUGUAAGAGCUGAAGCUGAAGUAAAUAAGGCAGAUGGAUCUUGUGGUGAUCUUCUGGAAAAUCCGUGGGUGCUGCACUUCAGAUCUUCCUGCAAGACCAAAGAAGUUGAAUCUCCCAUUGUCCAAGUUGCAUCUGUAAGUGAGGAAGUUGAUUCAAUUGGGAAGAAGGAAAUGCCCUGUGCACCAGCUACUUGUUCAAAGCAUUUUCGUGCAUCUCACUCUCAGUCGUGCCAUCAGGAUAUGGUUGGAGGCAACACAGGUGCUCUCAGCUAUAUUUUGAAGUGUCAGACCAGAACUUUGUUGAUGAAGAUAUCAAAGAAGAAAAAACUCUUGGUUCAUGUGAUGCUAAGAGGAUGAAAGCUCUUAUACUCAAUGUUGCAAAUAACGAUCAGGUUGUUCCACUGCGCAAGCCUGCUGAUACCUGAAGAUGUAACUAAGAAUAAUAUUUCUAGAGCUAGAUUAAAGGAGACCCUGUAAGAGAAUGGAUGCAUUGUAUGAUUACGUUCUAACCUAUGAAUAAUGGAUGGAGACUGCAUAUUGACACUAGAGACCAAGUUUUAAAGUGUUGUUGUGUAGAUGCAUACUUGCACAUGUAUGUCAGAGAGGGAUAGAGAUAGAGAGAGAUUAAUCAAGGCAUUUAUUCAUAUGUUUUUGAACAUUAGUACGAGUGGCAUCAGUGCGACAAGAGUAGGAACGGGGCGGCAGAAUGUGCUGUUAUUAUGCCUGUACAGAUUUUGUUCUCUCAUUUUAGUCAUUAUUGUUAGUACCAUUGCUAA